AUGACUCCUCGCAUUGUGACUCCUAUCUACCCAGUGGACGCCAAUCUCAUAGUCUCGUUGCUAGAUAUCCACGCCAGUCCUUCACCCUCAACUCACGGUCCCCCUUCCUUAGAGAUUCUCGAAGCAGGCACUGGGCAUGGAGGAUUAACAUUGUACCUCGCUAAAGCUGUUCACGCAGCAAAUGCUCUACGACCCAACACCAACAACCCAAGUAGUAAAGCGGUAGAAGAUUGUCAGUCAGCACCCCUUUUCAAAAUUGGUGCUCCAGGUUCUCCGAGGUCUUCCGGACGGGAAGACGAUCUGAAUUCACGAUCAAAACCCUCCUAUGAACAUAGUAGUGAUGACCGGCAAGCGGUCAUCCAUACUCUAGACGUAUCUUUGAAACAUUCAAAACAUGCAGAGCAGAUUGUAAAAGGGUUUCGCCAGGGACUCUACUUCAACGAUAUUGUCUUUCAUGCUGGUGAUAUCUCCGGGUGGAUAGACGAGCAGGUCUCCAAUCGUGGACUUGGGCCUGACGCAAAAGCAUUCUUGUCACAUAUCGUGCUGGACAUGCCUUCUUCAUUUCAUCAUGUCGAAAAAGCGGCGUCUGUAUUGCAUACCAACGGUAAUCUGGUUGCCUUCAAUCCCAGUAUCACGCAGAUCAUUUCUAUUGUUAAAAUAGUCAAGCAACUCAAUCUCCCUUUGGUCCUUGACAGUGUUCUCGAGCUUGGACUAAACGUCUCGGGAGGCAAGGACUGGGAUGUACGUACUGUCACUCCAAGGGCACUGACGAGGAAGGCAAAAGAUACCAUACGCGAAGACGAUGCUUCAGGGGACGCGGACAAGGAUUUAAACGACGGCGCAGUGGCCGACUCCGCUGGAGCAAGUACCGCUGAAGGAGACAAUCAACCAAUUCACGAUCAAGUCAGUGAAAUGGAGAUCGUCUGUAGACCGAAAGUCGGUUAUCGAGUGGCGGGUGGAGGUUUCCUCGGCGUCUGGAAAAAGAUGAAGUAUUGA